UAGCAGCUAGCACAAGACUGCAGAUCAUUGGAGUUAUGGAAAGAAAGGAUAUCAAGAGAGUAGGGAUGAUGAUGAGGAUGAUGAUGGUGUUAAUUACCAUGCUGGUGCUAGCCUUAGCACAAGUUAAAGCUAGUAAUCCUAUUGUUCCCCCUCGAAUGCUCAGAGAAGAGAGCAAUCCUCCUCCUUAUAAAUUACUGUCAACGCCUAAUUUCCCUUCCAGUGCCUCUCAAUUAUCUGAUUCCCCACCAGCUGAUUGCACUGAAAUCUGUGCUCAACGUUGUAAGCCUCUGGAAAUUUUUCCUCCAAAAUUCACGCUUUGUUAUGAAGCUUGUAUGCUAUUAUGCUCGCAGUCCCCUUCACCAUCUGGCAUCUUUGACUGCACGCUUGAUUGUGCAGAAUCCAUGUCAACCGGUUCCCGUUCAGAUGCAGAAAAAGUGCAAGACUACAUCCAUACCUGCUACAAUACUUGCAAGAAGAAGGAGAACUAGCAUGCUCUAUUUUUGUACUUCCAAUUAAGAGAAAAAAAAAAAAAGGAAAAAUAAUGAGAACCAUGAUUUGAUCUCAUGAUAUGACAUGAUCUUUGAAUCUAAGAGUUGUGAGCUGUAUUUUGUUUCUUGCUUUUGCUAAGCCAUA